AGUGGAGCGACUCUGCCGCAGCUGAACCAAACCUCGCCUUUCCCUGACACAACCAAACAAAAGGCCUGCAAAUCGAGCACGUAUGUGAGAAAGAGACCAAGUGGACGACAAUCAACAUGACAGAAACGACCAAAACCCACGUUAUAUUGCUCUCAUGCGGGAGCUUCAACCCCAUCACAAAGGGACACAUUCAUAUGUUCGAAAAAGCCAGAGAGUUCCUGCAAAAGACGGGACGCUUCAUAGUGAUUGGCGGGAUUAUUUCUCCUGUACAUGACUCCUAUGGCAAACCGGGUCUUAUUUCUAGCAGGCACCGGCUCACCAUGUGUCAGCUGGCAGUGCAGUCAUCUGACUGGAUCAGGGUCGACCCUUGGGAAUGUUAUCAGGACACCUGGCAGACAACCUGUAGCGUACUGGAACACCACAGAGAUCUCAUGAAGAGAGUAACAGGAUGUAUUCUGUCUAAUGUGAACACACCCUCUACAACUCCUGUGAUCGGCCAGCCCCAGAACACCACUUCUCCUAUCUAUCAGAACCGCAACACAGUGAACAAACCCACAGCUGUUAAACUGUGGGGAAAGAUGAGUGAGAGUCUGGGAAAAAUCUGCUGUGUUCGUCCACACGUGGAACGUUUCACCUUUGUUGAUGAAAACGCAAACCUCGGCACCGCAGUGCGCUAUGAAGAAAUCGAGUUGCGUAUCCUGCUCCUGUGUGGCAGUGAUCUACUGGAGUCCUUCUCCAUUCCUGGGCUGUGGAACGAGAGUGACAUGGAGGUGAUUGUAGGUGACUUUGGGAUAGUGGUGGUGCCUCGGGAUGGAGUUGACACAGAAAGGAUAAUGAAUCAUUCCUCGGUGCUUCGUAAGCACAAGGGCAACAUCACUGUGGUGAAGGACGAUAUGAACCAUCCGAUGUCAGUCGUCAGUUCAACUAAGAGCAGACUGGCUCUCCAGCAUGGAGACGGCCACGUGGUGGACUACCUGACUCAGCCAGUGAUUGACUACAUCCUGCAGAACCAGCUCUACAUCACCGCCUCUGGAUAGGACAGAGGAUAUAACCGGACGCCUGUCUUUAAGCUGCCCUGUCUGUCUCCCUGUGUGUGAUUAACAGUGUAGUCCUGCCACACUCUACCACUGCUUUUUCCAUAUAGAGGAGUGUAACCUAUCUUUCAUCCUUUCUAACUGUAUCAUAGUGACUUGUCAGGAGUAAGGGCGCACUGCAUUGUGUCAGACAGAUCUGCCCUGAACCAGUGUGAUUUGAAAAAAUGCAGGACAUAGGGGUCUAAUGAGGUGAGGGGAAGGAAUGAGAUUGGAAAAGAAAGUGAGUGAUACGGGAAAUGUUACCGGCUUGAAUGUUGGCCUUGCUGUCAGUUUGAUACUGUCUUUCCCUCUAAUUGCAUGUCUAGAGGUUUUCUUUUUAUCGCACGGGUGCUUGAAUAGCCUUGUAGACUGUAGUCUGCUGUGACGAUGUUCACAAAACAAAAAAGUGCUUCAGCGCAUCUCGUCCCUUACUUCAUUUUGUAUUAAUAUGACUCUGUGUACAAAAGAAUUUGGAUUGCUGUCAUUUUUGCAACUGCAACUUUUCUGCUGCACUGUUCUGUUCUUGUUUUCAGCGUGCAUUCAUGCAUAUGACAUUUGUAUUUGAUUGCACAUUAAAGAAUGACCUUUCCUUUUGCGCAGUA